AUCAGCCACUACACAACUGCUACUCUAGUGAUAAGAUUCUUUUUAGACAGACAGUCAGUCACUAGACCGUGGAGACAACGUACUACACGCAACGCUGCUUCAAUCGACUUAUUUACCCGGUAUGAUACAUUGAGCUUCGUACAAACAAGAUGUUCAUUCAUUAGCAUUACUCGUGACUCGUGUUUUGUUACACCAUUCGCGUUACAUUUGUGCAAUUUAUUGCGAGUAUAUUUCACUGUUUCACACCACUCCAUUCCGCUGGGAAGAUGCUACUGCAGUAGUGCUCCCGAAACGGUGCCGAACAGUCUCGGGAGUCAGUCAGAGUUUCUGUCAAAACGUAGAAAGUCGAGUUCCAUGAAUCUUUGUCGUUUUAUCGAAGUAUAAACAUCAAAGGCAAGAACAACAAUGGCAACCUACUUGGAAAUUAUCUGCGUAAUCAUCGCGUUGAUCCUCAUGUUCUAUUACUACUUUACCUCGACUUUCGAUUUUUGGAAAGUUCGAGGAGUGCCUGGACCAAAGCCCCUGCCCAUGUUCGGCAACAUCAAGGAUGUAACGUUGUUAAGGACGUCGAUGUGCCACUACCUGAAGAAACUUCACCAGAAGUACAAAGAUGAACCAAUGGUCGGGAUAUUCACGAGAAGAACGCCUGUACUUGUCGUUCAAGAUCCGGAGCUUAUAAAAGACAUUCUGAUAAGAGAUUUCUCCAAAUUUGCUAACCGAGGGAUUCCCGUUCUUGAAAAGGUGGAUCCAUUGUCAGCACAUUUAUUCAACUUGGAGGCAGAGCGAUGGCGACCGUUAAGAACAAGACUCUCGCCGGUAUUCACAUCCGGCAAGCUGAAAGAAAUGUUCCCUUUGAUAUUGGAAUGUUCGAAACACUUGGGACAGUACCUUGACAAAUUAGUAGCGAAAGACGAGCCUGUAGAAUGCCGCGAAUUAACAGCAAAAUACACGACAGAUGUAAUCGGUAGUUGUGCCUUUGGCAUCGAAAUGAACGCGCUAUCCGACGAAAAGAGCGAAUUUCGUCGAUUGGGCAGAGAAGUAUUCGCCGUCUCAUUUAAACAAAUUCUGAAACUUCGGCUGUCACAAAUAAUUCCGGGGCUUUACAAUCUACUUGGUUACUUGCUACCACGAAGCGAAAUUACAACGUUCCUCACGAAGACAAUCGUAGACACGAUGAAAUACAGAGACGAGAACAACAUCACGAGGCCUGACUUUGUCAAUAUGCUUAUGGAACUGAAGAAGCACCCAAACAAAUUGGAAAAUAUUAAAUUAACGGAUACUUUACUAACGGCUCAGGCGUUCAUUUUCUUCGUUGCUGGAUUUGAAACUUCCUCGACAGCAAUAAGCAACGCCCUUUAUGAGCUAGCCUUAAAUCCCGAGGUACAAGACAAGUUGCGGCAAGAAAUAAAGGAACAUUUUGAAAAAAAUAACGAUGAAUUGAAAUACGAUCAAGUAAAAGAUUUGACGUAUUUAGAUUUAGUAUUUCGAGAAACAUUAAGAAAGUACCCACCCGGACCUCUCAUAUCAAGAAAGUCAGUGAGCAGUUAUACUUUCAACAACACGAAAGUUUCUAUACCGGAAAAGACAUUCGUAUGGAUACCUUUAUACGCAAUUCAUCAUAACCCAGAUAUUUAUCCAAAUCCUGAUGCUUUUAUUCCUGAACGAUUUAACGAUGAUGCUGUUGCAUCAAGACACCCCAUGCAUUAUUUACCUUUUAGUGAUGGACCAAGAAAUUGUAUUGGAACUCGAUUUGCAGUAUAUCAAUCUAAAGUUGGCCUAAUAACAAUACUUCGUAAUCACAAAGUUGAAGUUUGUGACAAAACAAUGAUUCCAUAUGAAAUUAAUCCAGGUGCCUUGCUAUUAGCGCCGAAAGGGGGAAUAUAUUUAAAAAUAAUCAAAGUAGAAAAUUAAUGUUAGAUUUUUACUCUCUUAAAAUAUUUUAUAUACUUCUAUACAUAUUUAUUAAAUUACGAGAACUCAAUCGAGGUAGUAUCGAGUUGUUAAUCAUGUUUUGUAAACAUAAAAAUUGAUAUAUUUUCGUUAUUUAUUGUAAAUGACUAACUAAGCAAAGUAUCAGAUUUAAUGAUAUAUUUUUGUAACAAUUACGGGUGAUAAAUAAAAUUUAAACAGAUAUUAA